UUAAUACAUCCAAGAACCAUAUUCCUAUAAAAAUAAAAUAAAAUAAAAUAAUACAUGGUUAAAAGAACAGAACAGUCGCAAAAAAGAAAAAAAUUGUGGUAACUGUAUAGAGUGUUUUGCCUGUUUGGUCGCAAUCUGAUAAUUUGCAGCUUCAGCGCUUCUUCUGAUCUUCUCCUUCCUUAUCUAGGGUUUUUGAAAUCAAUGGCUUCCUCUCCUCAUUUUGAUGAUCAAGACUUCGAUUUUGAAGGCGGAUUUUCCGGAACGCGUUCUGGUGAGAAGAGGCCCUCUCCCGAUUAUGACGACGAAUAUUACGAUAAUGACCCUUUCGCACCCAAGAAGGCAAAAUCAAAGGCUGAAGAAGCUGCUUCUGGUGUAACCACUGGAAUGAUAUUGUCUCUUCGUGAGAGUCUUCAAAACUGUAAGGAUACCCUUGCCACAUGCCAAGUACGUCUUACUUUUAUGAAUUCAAUUACUCAAAGUUGAUAUUCUCUUCUUGAUCGAAGUGGACUGUAGUUUAUAAUAAUGUUGGAUUCAUUAAUGCUUCGGGAAAAUGUAGCAUAGAUAUGGGUACAUAGUAUGGUCAUUUUUGCACGAGGUAGGGUAUGUAUGUGUGUGUAUAUUAUAUAAAAUGUAAAACAGUAAACAAUAAAGUAAUUGAAGCAUAUUAUAUGCAAUUUUUAUGAUGUUGUAACUUCAAGUUUUUAUCAAAGUAUUAGGAAAGAAAGCAACAUCUUAAGAGGAAUAAGACUUGAAGAAAUGAAGUAGUGUUUUAUUUAAUUUAAAAGUAAACCAAAUAGCGUACUUGUCAAAUUUUAUGAUUUGUAAGUACUAACUUAGAUUUAGGCCUUUGGGUACAUAUGCUUGUUGUAAUGUUUGACCAACAAUUAUCAAUUAUUUGUGUGUACCUAGCAGAAAUUGGCACUGGGUACAUAGUCGUAUGAGUAGGUCAGGCAUACUAAACAUUAGGCAUUUAGGAUUACCUAGGUUUCAUUGCUUCAUGCUUCAUGGUGAAAAGGUUCACGUUUAUUAU